AUGUCUUCCGCCGCGCCGCCGGAUCCUACCAACUCAGCUUCUCAAGCCCCCAAGAAGAAGAACAAUAAGAAGAAGAAGAAUGCCAACAAGGCCAAGGCCGCAGCAAUCGACACCGACAAGGAUGUCAAACAGGCCGACAAUGACGACCAGUCGGGUGAUGAACCAGACACCCCGGUGAACGCGACGGCGAAGGAUUUCGAGCAGCCAGCGAGCCCCGUCAAAACCGAAGCUAAAGCAAAUGGCCACGUCGAACCACCAGCCAGCAACGGCCACCCCGUCUCCGCGGACAGCAGCGAGAAGGAUAACGACUCGUCCGGCGCUGACACCAGCGCGAAGCUCGAGGCCAUGACACAGGAGCGGGAGGCCCUGCGCGCCGAGGUGGAGCAGCUCAGGAAGCAGCUCGAGACGAUCCAGGAGACGCACUCGUCCGAGGUUGGCCAGCUCAAGUCGGACCUCGAGGACAGCGAGGCCGCCAAGGAGCACGCCGAGACGCAGUACCAGACGCUGCUGGGCCGCGUGGAGAAGAUCAAGGAGACGCUGGGCGAGCGCCUCAAGCGGGACAGGCAGGAGCUGGAGGAGGCCAAGGACCGCAUUGAAGAGCUCGAGGCACAGAACGAGGAGCUCCAGAAGGGCGCCAGCGCCUCGAGCGACGACGCAGGCAGGCUGCAGGAGGAGCUUCAGGAAGCGACGCGUGAAUUGGCGAGCCUGCGCAGUCGGAGUAACCUCUCACAACAAAAUUGGAUGAAGGAGAAAGAGGACAUGACGAGACAGCUCCAACACUUCAAGUCGGAGCUUGAGUCGACCGGUAGUGCCAUGGGCGAGUGGGAGGUCAUCGCAAUGGAGGAACGUUCGGUUCGAGAGAGUCUCACGGACAAGGUCUCUGAUCUCGAGGAGCAACUAUCUACGAUCAGGGAAGCCUAUGAGAGGGCUGCUGCAGAGCGUGAUACCCAGUCCCUGACGAUCGAUGGCCUCCAAAGGGCGCUCCAAGAGAUACAAGAGGCCCGAAGGAAAGAGCUCAGAGAGAUGGUGGAGUCAUCCGAGGAGCAACUCCAGGCCAUGAAGAAACGCGUCCAGGACGCAGACGCAAGAGUGGCCGAGGCCGAGGCGGCAAAGGAGACGCUGUCCAAGGAACUUGAGCGAACGGCACCCUUCGAAAAGGAGGUCAGGGAGAAGAACCUGCUCAUUGGCAAGCUACGGCAUGAAGCAAUUGUUCUCAAUGACCACUUGACCAAGGCGCUCCGUUAUCUGAAGAAGACAAAGCCUGAAGAACAGGUCGACAGGCAAAUCAUUACAAACUACCUCAUUCAGUUCCUCUCUCUGGAUCGAUCAGACCCAAAGAGGUUCCAGAUCUUACAAGUCAUUGCAGGCUACCUGAACUGGACAGAGGAACAAAAGGAGCAAGCUGGCCUCGCCCGGCCCGGCACGGCGAACAAUACUCUUCGCCUGCCGUCCUCGCCUUUCCACCGUACGCCGAGUACGCCAUCACUGAAUGCAGAGUUCUUCAGUGAGCCUACGCCUUCGUCGGCCAAGGAGUCGUUGGCAGAUCUGUGGGCAGGGUUCCUGGAGCGGAGUGUGGAAGAGGGAAUGGGAGAUGCUGCGUCAAGAAAGGACAGUGUUUCGAGCAUAGGCACCACGGGCACUCCACGGCCAGAAGCCAAAGGGCGGUAA